AUGGCGAAUAUUGGUGAUGAGACAGAUGAGGAGCUUACAGGCCCCUCUGGAGCCACAGCCUCAGCGCAACCAUUUGGUCCUGCGCCCUUUGCACAGCCAACGCCUACAAACCCUUUUCAGCCAACGAGCCCCACCAAUGCUGGCACUGAGAUUGCUAUGACAGCUGCCGACUUGAGAGUUCUUAUGCAACGCAUGUCAGAGGCUACGCAAGCUGCCAGUGCGGCUGCUCAAGCCGCCGCUUUUGCAAGCACUGCUCAAGGUUCCCGACCUAUGGGAGUUGGAGACCUUACCAAGGUUUUGCCGAAGCCGGAUCCAUUCCGGCCCACUACGCGUGAUGAGGAGUUUGCGCAAUGGCCUCAGUGGAGCUGGACGUUCGAACAGUAUUUGUCAUGCUUGGAACCUGAGUUCAGCAGUGAGCUUCGUGAUUAUGGCCGGCAGCAGACAGCAGUGAUCUUGAGUUCUUUGGACGAGAAUGCCAAGCGGCGGUCUCGGCUACUGUACGGCAUGCUGAAUGGCCUAUUGUAUGAGCGCGGCAGGCGAUUGCUGCGAUCUGUUCAGGAUCAGAAUGGAUUUGAAGCCUGGAGGCUUCUCAGCAAGGAUCUUAUGCCAAAGACUCGCAAUCGCGUCUUAGCUUUGUUGCGAACAAUCAACAGCUGGCCGUCCUUUGCGGCCCAACAAGGACUUGCUCAGCAACUGCUGCGACUCGAGAGUGCCUUUGAGGAGUAUGAACGCCUCGAGCCAGGCGGACUUCCCGAGAACAACAAGAUGGCCACGCUCCUCAGCUGCUUGACAGGACAAUUGCGCCAGCAUGCCAAUGUAGUCAUUUCUGACGACAGCACGUACAGUGACCUCCGUGAACUUGUGCUGCGUUGGGAUGGUGCUAACACGAAGUGGCAAACCAGUGUUGCUUCGAGUUAUGGGCUUAGUGUUGGCAAGAAAGGUUUGCAUGAUACCGGCGAUGGAGGCAAGGACAAAGGUGGCCAUGCCAAGGGCAAUUGGCCCUCCGUGUGUGGUUGGUGCCAGAAGCCGGGGCACUACAAGAGAGACUGCUUUCAGUACAAGGCUUACAUGCAAGGCCAUCAGAAAGGUGCCCGGCAGGUUCAGGCCAACUCUUCUGCAGCGUCCGAUGCUGGCACUAGCACGACUGCCCCGUCUUCUGCGAGUGCCCUUCAAGCCCAGCAAGGCAAGGCAGGACAGUCCACCGUUCGCCGUGUUGCGGCUGAGCCACUGCUUUUCGAUAUGUCUGACCUGGAGGAUCCGUUCCCUUAUGAGCCCAAUGUCUGUAUGAUUACUGUGACUGCGCCACAGAGCUUUGCAAUGGAUGCCCAGGAUGAUGACGAUCAGUGGACUCUGCCUCCUGAUGACUAUGCUGUGCUUGACUUGGUGCCUUUGCUGUUCAAAGGAUACUCCCUUGCAGUGAACGCUCAGAUUCGCCGUGUGGAGCAUGAAGAGCCAGACGUGAUUUACUACAAUCCAGGUGCAGGUGAGGCCAACAAUCACUCAGAGGAUGAGGCUAGCGAAGGCGAGCUUCAUGCAGGACUCCGUGAUGCCAACAGCCAACAGCAGGUCCGUGAUGCCAACAGCCAACAGCAGGUCCGUGAUGCCAACAGCCAACAGCAGGUCCGUGAUGCCAACAGCCAACAGGUCCGUGAUGCCGACAGCCAACAGGUCCGUGAUGCCGACAGCCAACAGGUCCGUGAUGCCGACAGCCAACAGGUCCGUGAUGCCGACAGCCAACAGGUGUGUGAUGCCGUGUCCAGUCAGUCCCAGUUUCAAGCCACAGGCGAGGUCCAUGAGGUGUGCCACAGCAAGCUACAUGUUGCGUCCAUCCAGGUGCGGUUUGAUGCUAAGACACUCGAGUCCCUUGAUUUUGGAUGGCAAGUCAGUACGUCUGGGCACCUGGUGUGGAGAGGCCGCACAAGUAGGUUCGUGGAUCCGAGUGCCAUGGCACCGAUCGGCUGGCCUCUCAGGAGCACUCUCAUUUGCCGCAGUGGGACAUGGUUUCUGCUUGAACACUGCGUGCCGUGGGCUGACUUGAAGGAGGUUGAAGCCGUUUUGCCCAGAGGUCAGGUUGCCGAGGUAAUUUCAUUUUUGCAUGUGCAGGUUGAGCCAGUGUCUGAAAUAGGUGUGCAGCUCCCUGCAGGCAUGACCGAACCCCAAGGUUUGCCUGAGCCAGAUUUUUAUCAUUUUCGAGCUGAGACUGAGCAAGCGCCUGUCGGGACAGUUGAGCAUGACCGUGUGGUGCCCGAAGAUGAGGCUAUGCAGGGCCUAGAGGAUGCAGCUGGACAAUCGAGCCCAGCGCCAAUGCCACUGCCCGACCAGUUAGAAGCUGGAGUGCCAGCCGGCGAUGUCGAGCCGCUGAGUCUUGAUGGUGUGCUCAUCUCGCAUGAUUCCAGCCUCGCUGUUUUGAAAACUGCAGCAGCCAAGCUCAACCUCAGCACGGCCGGCUCCAAGUCCCGUCUCUUCACCCGUGUCAAGGGAUAUCUUGAGAAGCAGCGUUUGGCCUUAGAGUUGGAGCUUGCUGCCGAUGCCCAGUCUUCAGGCGAGAGGCAACCAAGGGUUCAGCCGGUCGCAGCCGCCCCCACUGAGGCGGAACGAUUCCUCCAUGAGUGCACCCAUCUGCCUUUCAAGCCGUGGUGCCCACACUGCAUCAGCAUGCGGGCGAUGCCAGACCGGAGUGAGUACUUGAAGGAGGGCCCGCGUGACAACCCGAUUGUCCAAUUUGAUUUUUCAUUUUCAGGCUACAGCGUGCCGGACGGCAUUUGCAACCUCGAUGAUGUUCCCGAGGACUCCCAGCGUGCACUCAAGUGUCUUGUGGCGCACGACAGCGCAACUGGAAUGAUCGCAGCGAUUCCUUGCGAGUCCAAGGGUGAUACGAGGUAUUUAGGCAUUGAGCUUAUGAGGUUCAUCAAGAGCCUCGGUCACACCACUGUGACUUUGAAGUGUGACAACGAGCCCUCCACUUUGACUCUUCAGCGUGCCAUCGUCACGGCCCGGCAACGGCUCGGUUUGCAAACACUCGUGCAAAAUCCUGCUAUAGGUGCCAAAGGUUCCUUAGGCUUUUGUGAGAAGGCCAUCGACUCAGUGCGGAAACUCGCAAACACCUUGCUUGAUCAGGCGCGUCACCGCACCGGCCUUCCACUACCCACGACACAUGUGUUGUUUGCGUGGGCGUUUGUGCACAGUGCCUGGCUGCUCAACAGAUACAGAGUCAUUGGCAACAUGACAGCUUAUGAAAGGGCCUGUGGGGCUAAGUACAGUGGGCGAAUUGCGCCGUUCGCCGAACCUGUCUACUGCCAGCUUGAUGUUAAGCAGAAAGGCGACAAGCGGUGGAUGCUUGGGAUCCUGGUGAGCAAAUCCUCGCUCAACGACAUGUACAUCAUUGCUGGCAAGGAUGGGAUCCGCCUGUCACGAUCCAUCCGUCGUGUGGGUCAACCGUGGGAGCUUGAGGUGCAGCUAUAUCGUGAGCUGAAAGGCUACCCCUGGGAUUACGGGAGCGGUGUUAUAGGGACCAAGUUUGUUGCAAUGCCGAAGCAGCGAAACCCAGUUGUCGACCCGCUGCCUGAUGCAGCACCGCCAAGGUCCCCUGAUGAGGCCGCGAGCGAGCCGCCGACUCCUGCAGUUGAGGCACUUGGGAUGCCGGUUACGCCGUUGGGCGGGGCCGGAGCAAUGGCGCCUCCAAGGCGCAAUGUGCCUCCUCCUGAAAGUGCUCGAGCGAUUCCAGAUGAGAGCAUGGCCGUUACAGAAGAGCUUCCUGGGCCGAAUCCGUCUAUGCGACCCGAUCCACCCAGUACUCCUGAAGCCGAGCUGCCACCGUUGAAGAAGCUGCGCAUUCGUGCUGUUACCUUUGGUGAGCAGUCGUACGAGGUGAAUGAUGAAGGCGAGUUCGACUUGGAUCAGCCCGAUGGCUGGGAAGUUCAGGCCAAGCUUUGGUCUAUGGAGCCUGAGAUGGAUGACAGUUUCACAAGUGAGUUCAAGGCCGAUCCCGAAGAGGAGGUGGCCGAGGAUGAUGACAGACUGUGGCUUCCUGACAAUGGAAAGGAACCAGAGCUCGAUGAUGCCAUUUUGGCCGAGCUCGACGACCUCGCUGAGUCGAGGUCAGCAGACUGCUGA